AUGCUGUCAAGAAUUGGGCAUAUCACUGCAGUCGUUACGACACCGAUGAUGUUGAAUUUUUUCCAAGCUGUCGCUCAGUUUAUCACCCCAGACAACCCAUACUUCAGACAAUGGGUGGAACUAGAAUGGACCGAUAUAUCGUACCCUCUCGCUUUCAAGGUGCCUUCUCCACUUCACAUCGCCGCAUUUGCAGGCAUGACCAAAUAUGCUCAGCUGCUCCUGGACCAGGGAUACUGUGUAGAUGACCUAGAUGGCGACGAGAGAACUCCGUUGCAUUGGGCUUGUGGACGUGGUCAUAUAAACAUGGUUGCUUUGCUACUAGAGAACCAUGCAGAACCUAAUUCUGAGGACUACCGGGGUAGCAAGCCUAUCCAUGGAGCAGCCAGAAAGGAUUAUUUUGAAAUUGUACGACUUCUGCUGAAAGCUGGGGUCGAUCCGGAUACACCCAAGACGCGCGAGAAUCACAGACACAAAAGGUUGAAAGGAGGAGAAAAAUCGACCAAGGGCGAGACUGCGGUUCAGUACGUUUCCGUGCAAGGGCAUGGAAACACGCUCUUGGAGAUGCUGCCCUAUCUCAAACGCGAAACUUUAGAGGAACUGCUUUGCCGGUGCUGUCUCCAUGGGAAAUCUGAUCUUGUGCGGAUAAUUCUCGACAAUUCAGAUUUUGGGCUGUGUUAA